CCCUAACAUGGCAGACAACACUGCUUAAAUCCCUAAGGCCGAUCUUUCUCAAGGUGCGAUAUCCGCUGUACCCUCAACCCCUAGGGAAAGAACGAGCUCUUCCGUAAACCCUAGAAAAUGUCGGGCGGGUUUUUCCGGGGUACUUCUGCUGAACAGGAUACGAGGUUUUCGAACAAGCAAGCCAAGCUCCUGAAAACCCAGAAAUUUGCUCCGGAGUUGGAGCACCUGGUGGAUAUGGCCAAAGUGAAGAUGGAUGUUAUGAAACCAUGGAUUGCAAAUAGGGUCACCGAGCUGCUUGGGUUCGAAGAUGAAGUACUGAUUAACUUCAUUUAUGGUCUGCUCGAUGGAAAGGUAGUGAAUGGUAAGGAGAUUCAGAUAUCACUAACUGGAUUCAUGGAGAAAAACACUACGAAGUUCAUGAAAGAACUCUGGACGCUUCUUCUAAGUGCACAGAAGAAUGCUAGUGGUGUUCCACAACAGUUCUUGGAUGCUAAAGAAGCGGAAACCAGGAAGAAAAAGGAGGAAGCAGAUCAGUUGGCAAUUGAAAUAGGGAAGAGGAGGGAGAGAGAAAAUAAGGAACUUGAGCAUGAUGUAUCGAAGAAAAUGGACAGUGGCGCUGAACCAAAGGGUACAAGUACUGCAGUGGAGUCAAAGUUGUUGAGAGAACGUCCAGAGUAUGGGAGAAAGGCUGAUGAGAAGAAUGGUGUAAAAGAAAGGAGAAGGGAUCCAAUAUCUCCUCGACGCCGUGAUGCAUCCCCUUCACCCUUGCGAGGAUCGCGUUCUAGGUCGAUCAGCAAAACAAGUUCAGCCUCUGGAAGUUACUCAGAACGGAAAACUAGGAGCUUGUCACGGUCACCAGAGGGCUCUAUUUCACCCCGAAAGCGGAGGUCAUCGUAUUCUAGACGCCGGUCCAGGUCAUUUUCGUUGUCUCCCCGGCGACGGAGGGUUCGUUCUCCUUACCAAAGCAGGUCCCGGUCACCUGUUAGGCGCCGCAGGUCCCGAUCACCUGUUAGGCGCCGGUCACGAUCACCUGAUAGACGUCGCAGGUCACGAUCACCUGUUAGGCGCCACAAGUCACGAUCACCUGUUAGGCGCCACAGGUCACGGUCACCUGAUGGACGUCGCAGGUCACGAUCGCCUGAUGGACGUCGCAGGUCACGAUCGCCUGGUGGACGUCGCAGGUCACGAUCACCUGAUGGACGUCGCAGGUCACAAUCGCCCGAUAUACGGCGCAGGUCACGAUCUCCCGAUAGACGCCGCAGGUCACGGUCUCCUGAUAGUCGUCGCCGGUCACCAUUUUACAGACGCCGCCAGUCACCAUUGCCUGAUAGACGUCGCCGGUCACCAACACCACCAGCCAGGCGUCGCAGGUCACCUUCGCCCCCUGCAAGGCGUCGCAGGUUGCCUUCACCGCUGCCUAGGUCGCCAUCAGCAACCUCUAGGAGUGCAGGAUCUCCUUCACCAGUUAGACGAGGAGGAUUGCCUUCGCCUGCUAAACGGCCCUCAGUGCCAUCAUCCGUUGGCCGGGAAUCUGCAUCACCAUCCCCUCGUGGCAGGAAGAACGGGCUGCCAUCACCUCCUGCUGGGAGACGCAGGUCACUGACACCGGCUGGGCGUUCUGAUUCUGAAUCACCUUCACAGGUUAAGCGUCGUGGACCUCCGAAAAGAGGAUCGGCAUCUCCCGUUCGGCGGCGUAGAUCACCAUCUCCAUCACCCUCACGUGACAAGCGUGGUGGAUCUAUAUCUCCUGUCACUCGUCGAGGUAGAUCUCCUUUACCUGUCAGUGAAAAGUCACAAUCUCCUGUUCGGAACAGGUCACCAAUACCUGCGAGACAAAGGCCAAGUUCUCCUUCACAUCGUUUAUCACCACCACCUGCGAGAUCCACGUCUCCUGCAAGAGAUAGAUCAUUGAAACGGCGAAAUCAAAGGUCACCAUCCACUUCACGACAAGAUGCACUCUCCCCUGUGACAUGCAAAUCACCUGAUAGACGCAAGAGACGAUCUCCAUCCCAUAGCAGGUCUUUAUCAAGGUCACCCUCUUCAACUCCUGUUCGUCGUAGGUCUCUUUCGCCAACUAGCAGGAUCUCCCGGAGGGAGAGAUCACCUGGACAACAGCCUGACGAGCGAAAUAAGGAGGACACAGACCACAAAUCCAAGUCCUCAAAUAAAAUAUCGGUGCGGUCCCCUGAAUCUGGUAAGCAGAAAGAAUCACUCAAGAAGCUGGAAGAAGUUGGAGGCAACCGAGGACAUGUGAAGGAGCAUGAAAGAAAGAGUGAGAGAAUUUCCCGCCGCAGAAGUCCUGAUGCGCGUAUAUCUCCAGCUCGUAGAACACAUAUUUUAGAGGAUAAGAGACAGUCUGAUCCAAGUAAUGUGAAGGAGAUUGAGCAAGUUGAAAAAGCGAAUCACAGAGACUUGGAUGAGAACUUUUCCUCUGAUUCCGAGGGAAGUAGAAGGCAUCGAACUAAGGAUAAGAAGAGAAAGCAUAAAAGAUCGGAGAGGGAAGAAGUUUCUUCAGAUAAUGAUGAGAGUUAUGAUUCUGAAGUAGAACAUAGAAAGGAGGCUAAAAGGAGGAGGAAGGAAGAAAAGAAAUCGAGAAAGGAGGAGAAGAAACGCAGGCGAGAGGAGAGGCGUCGUAGGAGGGAAGGAAGGCGUGCGGAGAAGUCAAGGCUUAAGAAUCGGGAUUACUCCGAUACUUCAGAAGGCGAACCCGAACCUGACUUAGGAGACGAGGCCCAUCCAAAGAAUGGAAAAGAGGAGGAUUCAGAUCCAAAGAAGCUGGAGAUUGAGUUGCGAAAUAAAGCACUCGAGUCACUGAAAGCAAAGAAGGGCGCCGGGCAAUAAUCUCUAUCACGCUUCUGAGCAUUCCGUGUGAUUUGAACAUGAUUCGGAUCAUUAUCUCGCUGGGUUUUCCCUUAUGUCCUUGUUCUUAAAUGUUUCCAACCUUUUUUUUAAAUUUACUGUAGUCUGUGUUUGUUGGACAAGUGACAGCCUUUGUGUGCUAUUCUGUUGAGUGCAACUUUAUGCAGACAUUCAUGGCUGAUCCUUCUGGUAAUAACUGUUGUCUUCUU